UCCCUUCCCCCUCCUCACCCCUCCCUCCCAGUCACUCAGGAGGCCGGAACUCAGGCGCCGGGGCCCGGGCGGGGCCGGGCGGCUUUGGGCAACGCACGCGGGAGCUGGGCCCCCUUGUGCACCCGGAUGAGACCGGCGCGGCGUGAGUGCACCCGCGGGGCGCGGAGGGAGGCCUGGCUUACUUCCGGCGCCCUCGCGGCCGGCUUCACUGGAGCCACUGCUCCUGCAUCUGUUGUGUGUGGGGCUAGGGGCGCUGCAAUUCCCGGGCACGAGCCUGACCCUGCACUGGCUCCAUUUAAUUGGGGCGGGGGUGGAGAAAAGGAAAAACGCCAAGGUCACCUCGGCAACGUCCUUCGCCCAGGUGCUUCAGAAAGCUUUCAUGGCUCUGACACCAUGACCUUAGGCCUCCCAGCACAGCAGCAGACUAAAAGAGGCACAGGCAGGCUGCCAGGAGGAUAGAAACAAGUCAUUCUUUCAUGAUGCCAAAGCUAUGUGGAAUAGAAACUCAAGACACCUGCAGCCCCAGCUCUAGUCCUGGAUAUGGGCCAGUGGAGGUAUGCUUUGGGAGAACUUCCUUGUAAUUCAAUACACUUUACAGCUGAGGCCUGAUUACUCCAGAAAGAUGGUGUUUAUGCCCUAUGACUGUCUCUGGGAAUGCAUUUGUAUCAGAGGAGAUUGGAUUAUGCAGAUCCUAUAGCACAUUGUAAGAGAACCACUUUCCCUUCCACAAAUUGUUCAGUGCUUUUAUGAAAAACAUGGUAAUCCGGGCAUCUCUCAAGAACUGGUUUCAGUUAUUUUAUGUCCACAAGUUUCCUGCAGCUGGCUUCAAAACGACAGCAGAUGGAGCGAUCAUUCUACAGUCUGUUUCUAAUGACAUUUACCAAAAUCUGGCAGUGGAAGACUGGAUUCAUGAUAACAUAAACUUGGAGAACAUGCAGGUUCUGUUUCUCUGGAGGAAUUUGUCUACUGUGGUGAUUGGGAGACACCAGAAUCCCUGGCAGGAGUGUAACCUCAAGAUGAUGAGACAGAAGAAUAUAAAACUUGCCAGAAGAAGAAGUGGGGGAGGAACAGUAUACCAUGAUCUAGGCAACAUCAAUUUGACUUUCUUCACAUCCAAGAAAAAAUAUGAGAGAAUGGAAAAUCUAAAACUGGUUGUUAAGGCUCUCAAAUGCCUGAGACCACAGUUAGACGUACAUGCUACUGAUAGGUGUGACCUCUUGCUGAAUAGGAAUUUUAAAAUUUCAGGGAGUGCUGCCAAGCUAGGAAGAACUGCUUAUCACCACUGCACCUUACUCUGCAGUGCAGAUAGAUUUCUUUUAUCUUCUGUGCUGAAGAGCCCUUACAAAGGUAUAAAAAGUAAUGCCACUCCUAGUGUGCCUGCCUCAGUGAAAAAUCUCUUUGAAGAGGAUCCCACAUUAACUUGCCAGAUAGUUAUGGAUGCCAUUGCUGCAGAAUAUGCCAUCUAUCAUCAAAUUGAUCACCAUGUCACCCUCAUAAAUCCAGCUGAUGAGACUGUGUUCCCUGGAAUUAAUAAUAAAACAAAAGAACUACAAACCUGGGAGUGGAUAUAUGGCAAGACACCAAAGUUUAGUAUUAGCACCUGCUUUAACAUGGUAUAUAAACAUUCUUUCCUUGAAGUUAAAGUAGAUAUGGAUGUAAAGCAUGGAAGAAUUGAAGUUUGUAACAUUAACUUGCCAGAAGAAUGGCUGCCACCCGCACUGUGUGGUGAACUAGAAAAGAAUCUAAUUGGCAGUAAGUUUUGCCCGAGUGAAACGACUGCAUUAGCAAGUGCUCUGCUAAGAUCAUGUCCACAAGACUAUGAGGUGCACAGGAGGUGGAAUCUGUUUUGUGAGAACAUGACAACAACUCUCAUGUGAUUUUCAUAAUGAAAAUGCAAGCUAUUUUUGCUG